CAUCCAUCUCUCGUCCUCAGUCCCCUCUGCGAUCGAUCACCAGUGGUGUUCUUCGAUCGUGUGUCCAGCAAUUAAUUAAUGGGGUUCGGGCGGAAGGGUCGGGGUGGGGUUUGGUGGCUCCUCCUGCUUGCCGCGGUGCUGCUGGCCGUGGCGGCAACGGCGGCCGGCGCGGAGGAGGAUGGAGCCACCACGGUGGAGGUCGGGCAGCAACACGAGGGCGGCGGUGGCAGCCGUGACGCCGACGAGGACAACUACGGCAACGACAUGUGCGAUAUCAAAUGCCAACACCAUCACGACCCGCAGAGGAAGCAGCAGUGCGUGGAUGAGUGCAAGAGCCGGGAACAUCACCACCCAAGCCGUGCUUUCUGCGAGAUGAAGUGCCAGCACUGGGUCGACCAGAAUAGGAAAGAGCAGUGCGUGCAACAGUGCAUGAGCUACGGCCUCCAGCUCCAGGUGGGCGGCAGCCGCAACGCCGGCGAGGACAACUACGGCAACGAUAUGUGCGAUAUCAAGUGCCAACACCACCACGACCCGCAGAGGAAGCAGCAGUGCGUGGAUGAGUGCAAGAGCCGGGAACAUCAUCACCCAAGCCGCGCUUUCUGCGAGAUGAAGUGCCAGCACUGGGUCGACCAGAAUAGGAAAGAGCAGUGCGUGCAACAGUGCAUGAGCUACGGCCUCCAGCUCCAGGUGGGCGGCAGCCGCGACGGCGCCGACGAAGACAACUGCGGCAACGAUAUGUGCGAUCUCAAGUGCCAACACUGGGUCGACCCGCAGAGGAGGCAGCAGUGUGUGAAUGAGUGCAAGAGCCGGGAACAUCAUCACCCAAGCCGCGCUUUCUGCGAGAUGAAGUGCCAACACUGGGUCGACCAGAAUAGGAAAGAGCAGUGCGUGCAACAGUGCAUGAGCUACGGCCUCCAGCUCCAGGUGGGCGGCAGCCGCGACGCCGACGAGGACAACUACGGCGGCCGCGGGCGCGAGGGCGACGAGCGCCUCCACGGCUGGGAGACGGUGGCCGGAGCCAUCCUCGAGGUGGUGUGACGUGCAUGGCGUGGCGCAACGAGACUAAUAAAGGGCGCACGUCCAUGGACCUUGACCGACUACCGCUGGUGCGUAUAUACCCACGUAUAUACGGGCGUGUAUACGUCUUGCUGUACGUAGAGACGUAGGAAUAAAGAGCGGUAGCUGCAUCUCAGAGGAUGCAUACUUGUCUUCGCAUGUAUAUUUGCUUCCGGUUGUACGUAGAGACGUAGGAAUAAAAAUCAUGUUUGCUUCU